UGUUGUGCUGUUGAUUUGAGACACGGCCCGGAUCAGGUUACUCCAUCCCAGUGUCGGAAGAUGGCGGCUGCGGAGCCGGAAGUGACCCCGAACACAGCGAAUUCAGAAGAAGAGCAGAGCGAUGCGACUGGCCGAGAAAUUGUGAGUCCUGAAGAUUACAUCAAACAUCCGCUACAGAACAGAUGGGCUCUGUGGUUCUUUAAAAACGACAAAAGCAAAACCUGGCAAGCCAACCUGCGACUCAUCUCCAAGUUUGACACAGUUGAAGACUUUUGGGCACUUUACAAUCACAUCCAGCUAUCGAGUAAUUUAAUGUCCGGAUGCGAUUACUCACUUUUUAAGGACGGGAUUGAGCCCAUGUGGGAGGAUGAGCGGAAUAAACGUGGAGGGCGCUGGCUCAUUACUCUGUCCAAACAGCAGCGCAGAUCCGAUUUGGAUCGCUUCUGGCUCGAGACACUCCUGUGUCUGGUGGGUGAAGCGUUUGAUGAUCACAGCGAUGACGUGUGCGGUGCUGUCGUCAACGUCCGAACGAAAGGAGACAAAAUCGCAAUCUGGACGACGGACUACGAGAACAAAGACGCGAUCGUACACAUAGGACGUGUGUAUAAGGACAGGUUAGGAGUUCCACCUAAAGUCAUCAUCGGCUACCAGUCUCACGCAGACACGGCCACGAAAAGCGGCUCCACCACCAAGAACAAGUUUGUUGUCUGAAAACUGCAGCAGUUUUGUUCUACUAAAGGAAAGGAACAAACUAAACCUUCAUCUAACGACACAGUUGGCGAAUCGAACCGUUAUUGUUGCCAGAUUUCUUACAGGAUGUUGUGGGAAAAUUUCUCGGACAUUUAUUCAUUAUAUCAAAAAUGGUGUCUUAUACAACUGUACAGUGUAUAAAUACGAGACCACGUGAUUUUGAUUUUGUUUUCUUUAUAUCCCCCAGUUCCCCUUUUUAAUGUCAUUAUUACGUAUAAUUGAUUGAGAAACAAGGCGUAAUCUCAGUGUUCUGUUUUUUCAUUUUGUUUUUUUAAAACUUUUUGUUAAUUUUUUUUAAACAAAAACAUUACACUUUUGACUCUUGCUGAAUGUUACACUUUCAAGCUAAUUUAUUUGUUUUUUUUUCUCAUUUCCAUUUUAGUUCCUUUUAGAGUGAUGCUGGUAAUUAAUUUGGGUGUUAAGUUUGUUAAAAAUAACGCAUUGCAUUUUUGUUUCCUUUCUUUGCCGUGUUGUCCAUCUGUGUGUUUGUGUUUUUUUUUUUUUUUGUUCUGCGUUUCACUGUUAAAGAUGACUGAACGAUUUAUAAAAAGCGCGUUGGGAAAACUCCUGACUCAGAUUCAAAUAUUUGAGUGAUUUACAGAAACAUAAAAAGGAAAAUUUAUUGUAUGAGCAUUAUAUAUGAGGAGUGUAAAUAAAUUUGUACAGUGCAUUGUCUUAA